AUGGAUUUUUUCAAGAAAUUGCUAGGUAGGAAACAAGACGAUCAUUUCUUCAAAGUAAACGGUGCACCAGGAGGUUUUCAGGACGAUGGAAUUCAUCACAGGGGUGGGCCGGGUGAAAAUCAAACUGGCAGCCCUGGUGGAUUUCAAGGGAAAAGUACGCAUGGUGCACCUGAGUUCACAUCGCCUUCUAACGGAUUUCAGGGGAAUGGUCAUCACCAAAAAGUUUCACAUUUGAGCUCGCAACAGCAAGGGGCCCCAGGAGGAUUUGUUGGUUCAGCAGUGCAUGGUUCACCUGAAGGCGACUCUGAAUUGGAUUCGCACUACAAAGGUCACAGUGAUUGA